AUGGUGCACGGGUGGAUCGCAGAUGCGUUCGCACUAGCGUGCAUGGCAGCAUCAGCAGCUGCAGCAUCAUCAAAUUCAUCAAUUAGUCGACCUCGUGCGGACCAGAGUUUCUAUUUGCUCGGGGGAUUUGACGCGGUUUCCAACUACGACACGGUGGAAAAGUACAACCUUUCGAAUCCUACAGUCGGUGGUUUGUACGAGGUUGCGGACACCGCCUUCAACGGCACCUCGGGUGUCCACAUUGUGGGUUUUUCGCCGUUCAACGGCUCGACCCCUUCGCAGAUGUACAAUGUGGACAACAAGACCAUACUGGCGGUUGUUUCCGGCACGCCGGUGCUGUACGACACGGAGACAAACCGCAGUUCGAGUCUCGGGGGCUGGGAAUCGGUCUCAGGGGAUGUUUUGACGGCGUGCAUGGACCAGAAAAGCUCCCUUUUGUAUCUGGGGGGCGAGCUUGAGUACAACAAGUCGCACGGGGCACUCGUGUACAACAUGCAAAAGGGGCAGUUGGCGGAGCUCCCCUUUUCGGGCUUUGGUGAGGGCUCCGUUGUGCGCAGCAUCAUCAAGUAUGGCGAGCAGAGCAUAAUAUUUGGCGGUUCCUUCGACAGCCUAGGAAACGAGACCCUGCAGCAGGUGGGUGGCACAAAUUCGACACUCACGAAUUCUACGAGCAGCACGAGCAACUCAAGCAGCUUAGGCAGCUCCUCUGAGCUCGUGCAGCCCGAACAGCCCAUAAAUCUCGGCUUGGCGUCGGUUAGCGCGUCGAACGGAGCCAGUGGGUCGAAUCCGUCCUCCCUUGUGUGCCCGGCAGGCUCAUCUUCGGCCUGGCGGAUGAGCAGCGCCCAGGUGGGCGGCUUGUGGUCGGCACAGCUACCGUUUUCGGUCACGCCGUCGAAAAUUCGGCUUUACAACGGCAAUCAGGGCGGAAACGCCGUCAAGAUGUUCCGGAUCACGUCUGCACCGGCAAACAGCAUCAUGAACCUCACGUACAUCGACCCGGAGACCCACCAGUUGGUUUACUGCGAUGCCUGGUGCCCGCUCUCUCUGGAUUCAACCCUCGCGAGCGCAAUUUCGAACUCCGGCAAUGCCACGGACGGUGUUUUCCAGAUUUCCGGCACUGACGGCCUCCAGGGCACCUUGGGCUUCGGCCAGGACUACCAGGAGUUCGCGUUUGUCAACAGUGUGCAACUGAACUCGCUCACGGUGCAGGUUUUGGACCAAUACGGCGACUAUGCGGCCUUGAACGGGCUCCAGUUGCUCCAAUACGGCCUCACCGUGUACGCAAACAACACUCUCAACGGUUCCGGGUGCUCCUCCAACUCCACCGAGCACGAAUCCGUGUCCAGUGCCUCGUCCGAGCUGCUCGGCUCGGCAAACUGGUCCGGCCCGCUCGACGGAGGCGACUACCUCUCAACAACCGUUUCUUCCGGUUCAAUCAACACCCAGGACGGUGUCCAGUACAACAUGGAUCUCUCGUUGUCUGGAAACUACACGUUUUUGCUCUACACACCCGGAUGUGGCUCGGAUGGCACAUGCAGUCAGCGGGGGGCCGUUAAUGCGUCUCUUUUCGCUGCAAACGGCACCCUCUUGGCUUCAAAGACUGUCUCACAGACCAACACGGACCUCAAGUAUGACGUGGUCUUUUCCGGCGACAUCGACCGCAUUUCUACGCAGUCCAGUGCCGUCUACCUGCGACUGACGUGCCUCCAGGCGUCCGGUGCAGAAAACACAACUUUCGUCGCCGGAUCUGUCGCUGUCCAGUUCAACAGCAUCGACUACACCCCGGAAACUGCAACCUCUGUCCCCUUGAACGGCUUGUUCGAGUACUCGCUCGCCAACUUCACGGAUCGUGUUUCUAACCCGGUCGGAAACUCGUCCAUCAACCUUUUGGGCUCCACAAACCUCUCGGAAAAUGCCAGUGUCACAUCUUUACAGCUUGCAAACGGCACUGCCCUAUACGUAGCCGGUGGCUUCAACUCCAGCCUCGGCGACAACCUCUUUGGGGUGACUGUCAAGGAAUACAACAAGUCGUCCUCGGAGAUCGUGCUUGGAGACGCCAUUCGCGUUUCUACAAACGUCUCGAGCCCAGUCUCCCAGAUGCGUUUGGUGGGCAGCGAUCUCGUCUUGGCUGACGGAACGGUGUCUGUAUUCGGAGUCAACGGCUCCAAUAUAGCCACUGUGUCCUCCUCCAGCGCGCAAACAGUAAACGCUGUUUCUCCCUUCCGGAUGAACGGCACCGAUUACGUCAUCGUCGGCUACAACUCGACUGAUGCUUCUUCGGCUGCCUCGUUCGUCUUUUCUCUCCCUGGUGGGGACAUCAUUAACUCUACUGACAUUUUGAGGUUGAACCUCACGACUGCCUUGCUGAACAGCAAUGAAUCGUCAUCAUCAUCAUCUUCUUCUUCUUCUUCCUCCUCCUCCUCCUCCACUGUCUACGGUCAGAUCACAUGCUUCGACCAGCCGGCCGACGGCAUUGUUUUUCUUCAAAACGGCACACGUGGACUUCUGCAGCCCCCAGACUCCCUCUUUUCUCCCGGCGCCGGCUCUGCAACAAACACGGGGCUCUACUUGAACUCCUCAGCCGUCCUUUUGGCCGGAAACUACAGCGAUGACGGCCACAACAUCGUUGUUCUUGGCACUGACUCCUCCAGGGUCUUGUCAGACGACUUGUUUGUGCCCAGAAAUGCUACAGUGACCACUUUGGUCGACGUCGAAUCGAAUAUUUUUGUCGGGUUGCAGGGCCCUGGUGCCUCCUUCAAAGGUAAGACUGCAAACGGGCUUGUUGUGUACGAUUACGUGCAGCAGAAUGCCACAGUUCCCUCGCUUGAGGCUGGCGGGCUUGUGAAUGCAGUUUCCCCCAUCCCGGCCUCCGAUUCUGCCCUUAUCGGUGGAAAUUUCACAUCAUCCUCGUCCAAAUUCAACAAUCUCGCCUACUACAACCUCACUACCAACUCGCUGGGCUCCGCAUUGAGUGGUCUGACCCUCACAGGUGUGGUCAACAGCCUCGAGUUCUACAGCAAGGAGCAGGCUUUGGUUGCAGGGGAUCUGGGCAUCGGAACAAGCGGUAAAAGCUACUUUGGAGUCUACAACUGGACUGCAAAGUCGCUCACUGCACCCUCCAGUCUUGCCAACACUGUCCCCGGUGCCGUUUUGAAGUUUGCAUUCCUCAACGGCAACAAAACGACCAGCUUGAAAGAGCCGAUCGUCGCCAUGGGCUCGGACUACCUCGGAUACCUCGACAACUACAAGUACGAGAGUCUGAUGUCCGGAAUAGGCAACGAAUCCACCACCCCUGUGUUCAAAGACUUUGCAAUUCUGAACAGAUCGUCCGGCUCUUCGUCCAAUUCCGUGUUUGCCGAAAAGCUGCUUGUGCUAGCAGGAAGAUUCGAGUUGCAAGAGUACGGUUUGGUCUCAUCUGCAAUCUAUGAUGGCUCCAAGUGGUAUCCGCUCACUAUAACCGCGUCCAACUUGAAUGUCACCGACUCCAUCAUGAACUUCAUCCUCCCAACAACUAAAAGCUACAGCCUCAACUUCAACACCACCCAGCCACCCAUAUCCUCUCCACAGCCUUCCAAUGUGAAGAAUGGCAUCCGCUACUUCACCAAUGGGCAGAUUGCCGGAAUAGGAUGUGCCUUGGCUGUUGGAACUACAAUGCUCUUAACCACCAUCGGCGGUUUGUUCUACUUGUUUGGAAAUAGGGACACUGUUGUCGGACCUCUCAAAUCACGUGUUGGUGAAGAGAGAAUGAUGUCUGCUGUUCCUCCAAGUCAGGUCAUUGAUAAUAUGAACAAGGCGCGGGCUGGUACACUAUGA